AUGACCUCACCGUCUGCAGGGCAAAGAAAGGAGGUAUCCGGCGCGGAUCUCGAGCCUGGCCCACUCGGUAGGAUCCAUAGUGCUUCGGGUACUCGGGUUCCCGUGAACGUUUCGGGAAUUGAGGACUGUUAUUACUACUCAAUCUGUCCAGCUCGCGGACAUCCGGGACCCUUCGGAGCUGCGGAUAAGAACGAGCUGCACGUGCCGUCGGAGACGAUCGGGAGCUUCAGGCACAUGCUGUCCACAUGGCACUGA